CAGUAUACUGUAAACAUGGAUGAUACACGAAGUAGUGAUCGAAGUCUUAGAUGGUCUCUUAAGGGAAAGACUGCCCUUGUCACCGGUGCAACCAAAGGGAUUGGACACGCUAUAGUGGAGGAGUUGGCUGGAUUUGGUGCAGCUGUUCAUAUAACUGCUCGAAAUGAAAAUGAUAUCCAGCAGUGCUUGAAAAAUUGGAGAGAAAAAGGUUACACAGUAACUGGUUCAGUUAGUGAUGCCACGGUUCAAGCCGAUAGAGAGAAGUUAAUCAAGACUAUUUCAUCUGUUUUUGGGGACAAACUCAACAUCCUUGUUAACAAUGUUGGAGGAGCUGUGUACAAAGAUACCGUGGAUUAUACAGAUGAGGAUCACGCAAAAGUUAUGGCUACUAACUUCGAGUCUGGAUACUAUUUAUCGAAACUAGCACACCCUCUCUUAAAAGCCUCUGGUUCAGGAAACGUUGUCUUCAUUACAUCUGUUAGUGGCAUUGUUGCUGCACCGAAGGUGUCCAAUUAUGCGGCAUGUAAUGGAGCUAUUCAUCAAAUCACAAAGAACUUUUCUUGUGAAUGGGCGAAAGAUAAGAUUCGGGUCAAUAGUGUAGCACCAUGGUUUAUUAGAACCGGGCUUGCAGAACAUAAUCUGCUAGUAGAAAGGGUUGAAGGCUAUAUCAUAGCUAGAACUCCUAUGAGGCGUCUUGGGAACCCAAAUGAGGUUUCAUCUCUUGUGGCAUUCUUAAGCCUCCCUAGUGCUUCAUACAUCACUGGGCAAGUCAUUUGUGUCGAUGGUGGAUUUACAGUAAAUGGUUUCUUUCCGACACAAGAUUGAUUAGAGCUUCCUGAAUAUUGCUUGUGAUUUUCAUCUCGGAGGGGAUUUUGAUGUAAUUUUUAUGAUUUUGAAUUUAUGCACUCUUUUAUGUGGAGCGAGAUGUA